CCUUUCCACUCCACCGACACCAGCGAACAUAUUAACAUCCUCUGUCUUCUCUCUCAUCUUCAUUCAUAUCUCUCUCUCUCUCUCACUCGCAUCCAUCCAUGUAACUAAGUACUUCAUCCACUCUCUGCAACACUCUCUGAAUCUCUCUCUUUCUUUUUCUUUCUCUUUCUCUAAAAAGAGAAGAACAUGGUACAAUCAAAGAAGUUCAGAGGUGUCAGGCAACGCCAGUGGGGUUCCUGGGUAUCUGAAAUUCGCCACCCUUUACUGAAAAGGAGGAUCUGGCUUGGCACAUUCGAGACAGCUGAGGCGGCUGCGAGGGCAUACGACCAAGCAGCCAUCCUGAUGAAUGGACAAAAUGCAAAGACAAAUUUCCCACCAUCCACAAACCGGGAAGGUGGUGUCGACAACAACACACAGUCUGGCCAAGGCAACCCAAUAUCACCAUCAACCAUGUCAAGCAUUCUCAGCGCAAAGCUUCGAAAAUGCUGUAAGGACCCAUCACCUUCCCUCACUUGCUUGAGGCUCGACACAGACAAUUCUCAUAUCGGAGUCUGGCAAAAGCACGCCGGGACGAGGUCUGGCUCCAACUGGGUCAUGAGAGUCCAACUAGGCAAGACGAAGAACACAGAAAGCGAUGGAUCGUCAUCGUCGUUGUCGUUUUCAUCAUCGACGUCAUCGUCGUUGUCGGUGACAUCUGGGAUGGAGGUUGGAGAGGAGAUGGAUGAAGAGAAUAGAGUUGCAAUGCAGAUGAUUGAAGAGCUGUUGAAUUGGAAUUGUCCGAUGCCUUCACCUCUAGAUGGAGUUCCUUCCUUGUUUGGUUAAGUCCUAAAAAUAGCCCUAUAGACUAUAUCAAAAAUGCUAAGCGUUCAUAAUCUGAUCAUAGAAUUGAACAUAACUCUCUCACAUAUGAUUGUACAAAGCCUAAGUGAUAGAGCUGUGUCUAAUUCUAUGAUUAGAUUUUGUGUAGAUAGGAGGCAACAGAUAGAAACCUUAGCUUCCCCUUUAAUGUAAAAUUUCAUGUAAGUUUAUAGGCUACAGUUCUCUCUUCCUUUCUUGUAGUACUAAAAUAUUAAUACAGUAUCUAUUGCACUAUUCUAUUGGGUCGGAU